AUGAGAAUCCAGAGGGGACAGAUGUGGCUGAUGUCGAGCCCAGCGAUAGUGCCGAUGUUCCCAAUGAAGCCUCUGGCAGUCCUGCUGAUGGCACGGGGACUGCUGAGAGAGCCCACGCCAGAUCCAGGGAGGGCUGAACCAGAGGGAGAGGACAAAGGCAGGGAGGAAGAGUCAUCCAGAGUCCCGUCCGCCGGUCCAGAGAAGGAGAGCGACCCUGAAGAGGAGGACGAGGAGGACGAGGAGGCGGAGGCCACGGGCACGCCCGUCGACUACGAGGCGUACAAGCGGGAGCUGGACGAGCUGCGGAGGGAGCGGGAGCGGCUGGUCCAGCUCAACGGCCAGCUGCAGGCGCGGCUGGUGGAGUACUUCCGCAAGAAGAGCGGCGAGGACGCGGGCGUCAAAGCGGAGGAGGCGGACGCCGACCACGAGCGGCGCUACCGCAAGUCCGUGGUCGCCGUCGAGGCCCUGACGCAGGAGGCCGAGCGGAGCGCGGGCCGGCACCGGCGGCAGAUCGAGGAGCUCCGCGCGCGGAUGCAGGCGACGGUGGACCGGGCGGACGCCGAGCGGAGGGCCUUCGCGGGCCUGAAGAAGGACACGGCGGUGGCGGCCCUCAGCCUGCGCGUGGGCAGGCAGGCCGCGCUGGCCGAGGCGGAGCAGAUCCAGGCGUGCGAGCGGCGCAAGGAGGCCGAGCUCACCCAGGUGCGGCUGGAGAACAUCAAGCUGCGCAACGCCAUGCAGCGGACGGAGGCCCGGCUGGCGGUCAGCGCGGACCUGACGGGCAGCCUGCACCUCAUCGACUUCGAGCAGCUGAAGAUCGAGAACCAGACGUACGAGGACAAGAUCGAGGAGCGCAACGAGGAGCUGGUGAAGCUCCGCCGGAAGGUGGGCCGCGGCGUGCAGACGCUCACCCACGUCACCGCCAAGCUGCAGCUGCUGCAGGUGGAGAACCAGGCGCAGGUGAGGCAGCGCGCCGAGGUGGACGCCGCGGUGAACGGCAUGCGGGACACGCUGAUCCGGUCCAAGCAGGUGCGGGACGGGAUCCGCUCCGACACCCUGCAGCUUCGGCAGCGCUCCGGCCUGCUGGGGAACGAGACGCUCCUCCACGACUUCGAGGAGAAGGUGGACCGCUCCGAGACCAUGGGGGAGAAGCUGGAGGCGCUGAAGCGCCGGCACGCGGAGCUGAACCUCAAGUGCUCCAAGGUGAAGAAGAAGCUGGACCGAGUCAAGCAGGCGUCCGGGAACUCGCUCAACCUUUCGCUGUAACGCAGGGGUGGCAAACUGAAUUCCCAGGAGGCUGCAGUGCCUGCCGGUUUUUUUGGGGUUUCCUUCCAAUCAGCUGUCAAUGAAGGUCUUGAGAACAAGGUGUGUGGAUUCUUUAGCCAAUCACUGUCUCGAACCACAGAACAUCCCAAGAACCAGCAGACACUGCGGCCCUCCAGGACUGGAGUUUGACACCUGUGCUGUUAUGCAAGCUGGCAUAGACACAGAGGACUAAGGCAGUGGUUCCCGAACUCGGUCCUGGGGCCCCCUUGUCUAUGCUGGUUUCUGUUCCAACCACAACUGCAAUCCCAGAACUUUAACAAGCUGGUAGUUCUUCUUAAUUAUUUGCCUUUCAUGCUCAGAGGAGUCAUUUACCCUCUUAAGCCACAUUU